AUGACUAAAAUCAGGGAAAAGUAUUGGAUACCGCGAUUGAGGCGACUGACGAAACGGCUGAUACGCAAGUGCCACGGGUGUAAAAGAUUCCAGGUUAAGGCGUACGCAGAUCCUCCGACAGCUAACUUGCCUCUCGAAAGAACCACCGGUUCGACACCAUUCCAAGUCAUCGGAGUUGACUUUGCGGGACCAAUCAGAUAUUUAAGUAAAGCAAAGAAAGAGAAGAAGGCUUACGUAGCGUUGUAUGCUUGUAGUUUAACUAGGGCAGUUUAUCUCGAACUAUUGCCAAAUCAAAGUACAGAUGAGUUUUUACUCAGUUUGAAGCGAUUUAUCGCAAGGAAGGGACGUCCAGAAAAGGUAUUUUCGGACAAUGGCAAAACCUUGUUGGCUACUGCAAAAUGGCUACGAAGAGUUCAAAAGGAUGAGAAAUUCAACAGUUGGUUAGCAAAACAAGAUAUCAAGUGGAAGUUCAACUUAAGCCGCGCCCCUUGGUGGGGCGGACAAUUCGAGCGAUUAGUCGGCGUAAUGAAACAAGCACUCUACAAAUCAAUCGGACAAGGAAACCUACGCUGGAAAGAGUUAGAAGAAGUACUGCUCGACGUCGAAACCACAAUCAACAACCGACCGCUGACAUACGUAGAGGAUGACGUUCAGAUGCCGAUAUUAACUCCAAAUUCGAUGCAGUUCGUGCAGCAAAUCCAACUGCCUGAAGAAGAACCUGCUGGAGUGGAAAAUGUUGAACUUCGAAAACGUGCAAGGUAUUUGAGAAGAUGCAAAGAUGUCGUUUGGGCCAGAUGGACAAACGAAUACAUAAAAUCAUUACGAGAAAGACACAAACUAAACAUAAGACGAAGCAGAUGA